UUGGUGUUGGUGAUGUUACAUUCUCCUGCUUGCCCUCAACUCACCCAAGCUGGAUUGCCUUUUGCAAUUCUUACUUCAAGGCAUACCCCCUUCCAACGAGGAGUAUUCUGUAAUGAUGAGUCCAUCAAGUACCCUUACAAAGAAGACACCAUACCUUAUGCGUUAUUAGGUGGAAUAAUCAUUCCAUUCAGUAUUAUCGUUAUGAUUCUUGGAGAAACCCUGUCUGUUUACUUUAACCUGUUGCAUUCAAAUUCCUUUAUCAGGAAUAACUACAUAGCCACUAUUUACAAAGCCAUCGGAACAUUUUUAUUUGGUGCAGCUGCUAGUCAGUCCCUGACUGACAUUGCCAAGUAUUCAAUAGGCAGACUGCGGCCUCACUUCUUGGAUGUUUGUGACCCAGAUUUGUCAAAAUUCAACUGCAGUGAUGGUUAUAUUGAAAAUUACAUAUGUCGAGGGAAUGCAGAAAAAGUUAAGGAAGGCAGGUUGUCCUUCUACUCAGGCCACUCUUCAUUCUCCAUGUACUGCAUGCUGUUUGUGGCACUUUACCUUCAAGCCAGGAUGAGGGGAGACUGGGCAAGACUCUUACGCCCCACACUGCAGUUUGGUCUCGUUGCUGUAUCCAUUUAUGUGGGACUCUCGCGAGUUUCGGAUUACAAACACCACUGGAGUGAUGUGCUGACUGGACUCAUUCAAGGAGCUCUGGUUGCAAUAUUAGUUGCUGUAUACGUAUCAGAUUUCUUCAAAGACACAAGUUCUCCUUUUAAAGAAAGAAAAGAGGAGGACUCUCAUACAACUCUGCAUGAAACAACACCAACAACCGGGAAUCACUAUCGCAACAAUCACCAGCCUUGAAGAGCAGCAAGGGCCCACGUGAAGCCAGCCUGCUUAAAAAAGGAAAGUGAUUGAUUGCAACCAGAAGGCAAGAGGAUCUUUCUUCCCAGUGUUGAGGCCUCUGAAGGACCGCUGCUGCUGCUAUGCCUCUUGGCUGCCCACUAUCUGUGUGUAUAUAGUUACAUUUAACACAACGGCCAUGUCUUAGCUCUAAGUUCAUUUAAAAAAUUUCAAGCCUUCCACCAAAACAAUGCCCUACCUGUACAUUUUUAUUAAAAAAUGUAAUGCUGAUGUAUAAAUGUGUAUGUAAUAUG